AUGCUAACCUCGAGGAUGUCGCUAAUGCAAAUAGAUUCCAUCCGCCUGCGCAGGGAUAGGAAUCGGCUCACGGUUUGCAAAUGGUUUGUUUCCGGGGAGCUUCUAUCAUCUGAAGAUGCCGUCAUAGCCUACAAGGUAUCUUACUAUCGUAUACACUGUCAUGACUUGAACGUUGCCUUGCUAGAUGCUGCAAAACGUGCUGGUGUCACUAUUCACACCAAGCAGCGAGUCCUUUCUUAUGAUUUUGAUGCACAUAGUGCCACGAUGGAAGCUGGCAAGACACGGAUGCUGGAUCUUAUUGUCUGCGCUGACGGUAUCAAAUCUAUCGCUAGCCCUUUGCUUACAGGCCAACCUGAUAUUCCUACCGUAUGUUUGAUUUCCGGAAAGCAAUUUCUAGCAGAUGCGGAUCGUGCAAGUUGGAUCUUCUGCAUGGUGCGGUCUGGCUGCUCACCUGGUCGGAUGUCCUACCCACAACAGAAAACUUUACAAGAUCGUUGUUUGCGCCGCUUCUUACAAAAAGACCACUGA